ACGCUCUCAAGCGCCAGGGCCGCACUCUGUACGGCUUCGGCGGUUAAGCGUGAGAGCAACAGCGAGUGAACCUACGCACCCAAAGGCUCUUUUCAGAGCCACCCACUUCGUUCUAAAAAGGCAAAUGGUCAUGACAGAAGAUAUGCCUGAGCCAGCGAAGUCUGCGCCCAAAAAGGGCUCGAAGAAGGCAGUGACGAAGACUGCCGGAAAGGGGGGAAAGAAGCGCAGGAGAUCCAGGAAGGAGAGCUACGCCAUUUACGUGUACAAGGUCCUGAAGCAGGUUCAUCCGGACACGGGUAUUUCUUCCAAGGCCAUGGGUAUCAUGAAUUCUUUCGUCAAUGAUAUCUUCGAGCGCAUUGCCGGUGAGGCGUCCCGCCUGGCUCACUACAACAAGCGUUCCACCAUCACUUCCAGGGAGAUCCAGACAGCCGUGCGCCUUCUGCUUCCUGGUGAGUUGGCCAAGCAUGCUGUGUCUGAGGGAACCAAGGCUGUCACCAAGUACACCAGCUCCAAGUAAAGCCCCUGCCGCUUUGCAAAAGAAACCAAAGGCUCUUUUAAGAGCCACCCACAAAGUCAGAAAGGAGUAGACGCUGUUAAGUAACUUCUCUAUGUAUAAGUUGAAUGAACAUGAAAUACGUGUUACAAUUUAACACAAGCAUCGAUUCGGUCUGUCACAAUUAUUUGUCUGCUAAAUAGUAUCGAAUAAAAUUUCCUCUGUUACUUGGCAAUAUGGAAACACGUUACAGAACGAAAACGCAAUUGUUUGUCAGUAUUGCAGAGCUUAAAUAUCACUACGACAAAACUGCAACGCAAAUACAUCUCUAAAAGGACUUAUGGUUUCACUGAAUCGCCCUAAAAUGCUAGAUUCGCCAUAGAUAUGUGCAAUUUAAGCUUUCGGAGUAGCUUAGCCUUUUUUUCAUCAAUUUGAAUCAAUUUACUUGCUUUAUUACUUUAGCGGUGGUUAUUUUGACGAAUUGGAGAGGAUAGUUAGCCCUCUCACUUAACCGCAUCAUCUUGCAUACUUACUCUAUUAGCUUUAAAAUACGUGAAUCCUUUGUUUGGCAAGAUAGGGAAAAAAAGACAUAUAUACGAAAUACAGGCCACUCCCACAGCAGGGUGUUGUAGGGUCCCUGUUACCCUAGCAGAUUUAGGGGGUCCAGUACUUUACAGAGACUCUUGAAUAUAUAAAAAUAUACAUAAGAUUGGGCAGGGGGCCCAGAAUUCAUAUGUACAACUCUGGGUGUGAGAUAACAGCAGCCUCCAGCAAACCAGUGUCAUCCUGUGAUUUCUUUAUCAGACAAAUAUAUACUGUGAGCCGAAAUGAGCCGCACCUUGGACCUGGGCUGGAGAUUCCUGGUUGUCAUGGCGAUUAAUCUCUGCUCCUAUACAGUAUUUACUCAAUGGCAUCAAGUUGGUUUUGACAUCAGGGACUUGUGAAAAUAGCGUUUAUAACAGAGGUGGCUGCUCCACAGAGGUAGAGAAGGUAUCUGCUUUUUACUUGAAAUUAAAUUAUGAAACAAGUAACUUUGAAAUAACACAUUACUAGUUCUGUAAUUUAAAACACAUUUUCAGUGUUAUUUAGAUAUAUUUAGUAUUGUAAUAUUACAAAAUGUAUAACCUUCUUACCCACUCAAUGUAUUUGGCCACCUGUCACCACUGAUACAACCAGCUUGGGUGACAGAGGCAGUUACCAGGAGAAGAUAGAACAUACGCUAUAUUGCCAAAAGUAUUGGGACACCUGCCUUCGCACACAACUGAACUUUAAUGACAUCCCAUUCUUAAUACAGAGAUAUACAGGCCACGCCCCCUGGGGUGGUGAGUGGCGCUGCCGGCUAAGCCUUUGUGUCUAUGAUCAGAAGGUUGCUGGUUCAAGCCUCAGGCAGAGCAGUAUCUGUUUUUGCGUCACAUCACCCGGCAGAUCAUUAUCAUGAACCCUUAAGGGCAUUGGGUUGGAGGAUGGAUGGUGGCACGACGCCCUGAGUGACGGGGCCUGUGGUUAAGUAGGUCCCUGGUUCGAACCUCGGCAGAUCACGUGUGUUUUUGCGUCACGUCACCCGGCAGACCAUUAUCAUGAACCCAUAAGGGAGUUUGGUCAGAGGAUGGAUGGUAGCGCGACGUACUGAGUGACCGUACCCGUGAUUGAAAAGAUCACUGGUUCUAGCCCAGCCUUGGCCGAAUAGUCACAGGGUAGACCCUAGAGCAAGGGCCUUAACUCUAACACACAGAGACAUGUGUGUCAAUCUGUUCUUUGGCAAGAUAGGAAAAAAAACACAUAUAUACGAAAUAUAGGCCACACCCCCUGGGGUGGCGAGUGGCGCUGCAGACUAAGCCUCUAUAUCUGUGAUCAGAAAGUCGCUGGUUCAAGCCCAGCCUUGGCCAAAUAGUCACAGCGCACAUCCUAGAGCAUGGGCCUCAACUCCAACACGUACAGACAGGUGCUACGUGUGUGAAUCCUUUAUUUGGCAAGAUAGGGAAUAAAAAGACAUAUAUACGAAAUUCAGGCCACACCCCCCCGGGGUGGCGAGUGGCGCUGCAGGCUAAGCCUCUGUAUCUGUGAUCCGAAGGUCGCUGGUUCAAGCCCAGCCUUGGCAGAAUAAUAACAGAGCAAAGGCCUUAACUCUAACGCAUAGAGACAGGUGCUACAUGUGUGUGAAUACUUUGUUUGGCAAGAUAGGGGAAAAAAGACAUAUACACGAAAUUCAGGCCACACCCCCCCGGGGUGACGAGUGGCGCUGCAGGCUAAGCCUCUGUAUCUGUGAUCCGAAGGUCGCUGGUUCAAGCCCAGCCUUGGCAGAAUAAUCGCAGAGCAAAGGCCUUAACUCUAACGCAUAGAGACAGGUGCUACAUGUGUGUGAAUACUUUGUUUGGCAAGAUAGGGGAAAAAAGACAUAUAUACGAAAUACAGGCCACACCCCCCGGGGUGGCGAGUGGCGCUGCAGGCUAAGCCUCUGUAUCUGUGAUCCGAAGGUCGCUGGUUCAAGCCCAGCCUUGGCAGAAUAAUCGCAGAGCAAAGGCCUUAACUCUAACGCAUAGAGACAGGUGUUACAUGUGUGUGAAUACUUUGUUUGGCAAGAUAGGGGAAAAAAGACAUAUAUACGAAAUACAGACCACUCCCACAGGAAUGGAGAGUGGCGCUGCAGGCUAAGCCUCUGUAUCUGUGAUCAGAGGGUUGCUGGUUCAAGUCCAGCCUUGGCCAGAUAGUCACAGGGCAUUUUUUUCUUUUUCCAAAAAAUUUUUUUGAAAAAUGGACUGGUGGGUGGCUAAUCCUCUGUGCUUGUGAUCGAGUCAGUGUGCUCGAGCCUGCCCUCAGCACAAUAGUUACAGGGCAGGCCCUCGAGCACACUGACUGAUCCUGCAGUGCAAUCUCUCUCUCUCUCACUCCACCACACUCCACACACACACACCACACACUCCACACACACCAUGCACUCCUCCACACCACAGGGCCAGUCAGUGCUUUCAAGGGUCUGCCCAGCAACCACGCUGCUGAGGGCGGGCUCGAACCACCAACCUCAACUUUCCGAUCAUAAGCACAGCGACUUAGCCCAGUGAGCCACGCACCAGUCCCAUUCAGCCAGGCUCUGAAUUUAACUUUUGACUCUCAAACACGUAUGGGUCAGAGCAGAUCCACUUUACGGAUCUGUGGCGAUUUCUGAGCAACUAUUUAUCCGGAUCCGGUUCAGACUCAACUUGCUAUGUGGCCCCUUUAGUAGCAAAAUUUCACAAAUAGACUUAUUGCACUGGUGGCAUCCUAUCAUGGUACCACGCUUGAAUUCACUGAGCUCCUGAGAGCAACCCAUUCUUUCAGAAAUGUUUCUAGAAGCAGCCUGCAUACCUAGGUGCUUGAUUUCAUACACCUGUGGCUAUGGAAGUGAUUGGAACACCUGAAUUCAAUUAUUUGGAGGGGCGUCCCAAUAAUUUUGGCAAUAUACUCUUUUUCCUUAUUGUCAUGUGUAUCCUUACCACUGUUGUACAUGUCAUCCUGUUGUGUCCCUAACUAUGCUACUGUGUGUGACCUCCCCCUAUUUGCCUGCUGUGUGUCGCUGUGCGUUUCCUUAAGUACGAUCCUUUUAAGGACGACAUUAAAGGAGCAACUUUGUGUCA